UAUGGCUUCUUGUUUCCUAAAUGUAGUUGUGAGAAAAACCCCGUGGGUCACAUAUGAGGAAGGAAGGGAAGGGCUAGAGGAAAGACGUCAUGGCUUACAUCGAGUUUUCUUCCCUUCUGUGGUUGAAAAUUGAAGAAGAUUCCUAGAGCAAGCUACAGGGCCGGUAUGAUCCUUGAACUCCUUUCCUUCAUCUGCUUUGGGCUUUGUGUUGGCCAAGGAUACAGGAGAAGGGAUGGCUCACUUCCCAAGCCCUCUCUCAGUGCCUGGCCUAGCUCAGUGGUACCGGCCAAAAGUAAUGUGAUGCUGCGAUGCAGGACUCCUACCAAGGAUGUAAACUUUGAUCUCAGAAAGGGAGGACACAUCAUUGAGUCCUCACAAUCACCUGAUUCUGCAGAGGGCCUGGCUGAAUUUCACCUCACUGAUCUGAAAAUCAGUCACGCUGGAGAGUACACGUGUGAAUACUACAGAAGAUGGAGACCCUACAUAAGUUCACAGCCCAGUGAUGUCCUUCUGCUGCUGGUGACAGGAGGUUUACCUAAACCUUCCCUCCAAACCCACCAAAGGAGUAAUGUGACCACAGGAGAAAAGGUGACCCUGCAGUGUCGGCUGCCAGACAUUUUUCAGGGGUCUGUAAAGUUUGCUCUGCUGAAGGCAGGAACUUCAAUGCCCGUCCAGACCCGGGGUCCAAAAUGGAAGGAGACAGACUUCUCCCUUCAGAAUGUAACAGUCAACGACACUGGAAACUACAGCUGUGUGUACUACCGGACAGAGGAUCCUUUCCAGGCCUCAGACCCCAGUGAUCACCUUGUGAUCUGGGUGACAGAUGCCACAUCAAGAGACUAUACCACGGGGAACCUCAUCCGACUGGGUCUGGGUGCCAUAAUUAUGGCUAUUAUGGGGGUUUUCCUGGUUGAAGCCUGGUAUAGCCAGAAGGAGUCUCAAAGUGGAUCCAGGCCCACAGCUGCCCAAAGGAACGAGUCCUUGAUUGAGUUAACAGUGUGUUAGAUUUUCUGGUUCUCUUCCACCCCGGGAGUGAAGCAUGGCUUGCCAUGGACCCGGGAUCCCAACCGACGAACCCCAGGCUGCCGAGAAGCAGAACGUGCCAACUUAAACGCUGCGCCACCGGGCCGGCCCCUCAUUUAUUUUCUGACGUUAUCUAAGACCCAAAGUGGCCACUGAGGUCUCCUAAGAGAGUCAUCUGGGAUCAAGUGACCAGGAACUGCCCCCCAUAUUAAAGGCUUCUAGGUGAUCUGGAUGACAAAGUAAAAUAGAAUAAAUUAAAAUACAGUCA